CCCGCGGUGGCGCGCUGCCCUCGCCCGCCCCCUGGUGGCUCCCGUGGGGGUGUCAGCGGCAUCGGCGGCGGAGCGGCCGCGGGCGCGGGGCCGGGAUGAGCGACCUGCGGCAGCGGCUCGGCCGGGAGCCCGGCGGGGCGCGGGAGCCCGAGGAGAAGGAGUCAGAGUCUGAGAACAAGCUGGAUGGAGAGACAGCGUCAGACAGUGAAAGCAAAUCAGAAUUUGGAGGCUCGCCCCCGGUGCCGACGUCGGAUGACACCCCAGAGGUCCUGAACCGAGCGCUUUCCAACCUGUCCUCAAGAUGGAAGAACUGGUGGGUCAGAGGCAUCCUCACGCUGGCAAUGAUCACCUUCUUCUUCAUCAUCAUCUACUUGGGACCCAUGGUCUUAAUGACGAUUGUGAUGUGUGUCCAGAUCAAAUGUUUCCACGAGAUUAUCACGAUCGGCUACAACGUGUACCACUCGUAUGACCUGCCCUGGUUCAGGACACUCAGCUGGUACUUCCUGCUCUGCGUAAACUACUUUUUCUAUGGUGAGACCGUGACAGAUUAUUUCUUCACGCUGGUUCAGAGAGAGGAGCCCCUGCGAAUUCUCAGCAAAUACCACCGCUUCAUUUCUUUCGCCCUGUACUUAACAGGUUUCUGCAUGUUCGUCUUGAGCCUGGUGAAGAAACACUACCGCCUCCAGUUUUACAUGUUCGGCUGGACCCACGUCACGUUGCUCAUUGUCGUCACCCAGUCGCACCUCAUCAUUCACAACCUCUUCGAAGGGAUGAUUUGGUUCAUUGUCCCGAUUUCCUGUGUGAUCUGCAAUGACAUCAUGGCCUACAUGUUCGGGUUCUUCUUCGGCCGCACUCCGCUCAUCAAGCUCUCCCCAAAGAAGACCUGGGAGGGUUUUAUCGGAGGAUUUUUCGCCACCGUUCUGUUUGGAUUGCUGCUUUCCUACGUGAUGUCCGGGUACCGGUGCUUCACCUGCCCCGUGGAGUUCAACAACGACACCAACAGCUUCACGGUGGACUGUGAGCCGUCCGAGCUGUUCCAGCUGCAGGAGUACAACAUCCCCGCCGUGCUGCAGUCCGUGCUGGGCUGGAAGACGGUGCGGAUGUACCCCUUCCAAAUCCACAGCAUCGCGCUCUCCACCUUCGCCUCCCUCAUCGGGCCGUUCGGAGGCUUCUUUGCCAGCGGGUUCAAGAGGGCCUUCAAAAUCAAGGACUUUGCCAACACGAUCCCAGGGCACGGAGGGAUCAUGGACCGUUUCGACUGCCAGUACCUGAUGGCUACCUUCGUUAACGUCUACAUCGCAAGUUUUAUCAGGGGCCCGAACCCGAGCAAACUGAUCCAGCAGUUCUUAACCUUGCGGCCAGACCAGCAGAUCCACAUCUUCAACACUCUAAAGGCGCAUCUGGUUGACAAGGGGGUGUUGGGGAACCCGGAGGACGCGUAGACAGCCGGGCGAUGGGAACGGGACUGCAAACGGACAAACCCCCUCGAGGAAAAUCCUGAAGACAAUAACAAGGCCUCAUUUCACUGUAACUUUUCUUUCUUUCUUGGUAAAUGUUUGCAUUUGUGGAUUUAUUUUUUUUUUUUUAAUAUAUUUAUAUAGUGUUGGUUCAAAUGAGCGAAAUCUUUGGUUUGUAGCUGAAAAGAACAGUAAGAAUUAAGGCUCGGAAGGAGCGUUGGGUGAAGCGGGAGGGUACGACUGUCCUCGUGCUCUGUUCUUAAGCUUGGGCAGAGCUUACGGCCUCGAACUUACAGCUGAUUUUUUGGCAAAUAAGAUUUUUGUAACCAAUUAAACUAGAAACAGACUGAGGACAAGGAGUCAAAAACCGGUCGUUACCUGUGGGAAUGUGGGAGGUUCAAAAACUGCAUCACAUCAAUAGGUUUUCGAGAACAUUGACAUUUCAUCGAGUAAUUCCUGCCAAGUAAGAACAACCCUUUAAAUAACUUAGUUCUUUUUUACCCCCCUCAAUAACCUUUAAGAAACGUUGACCCACGCGUUUUCAUUUCUCAAUGGUUGGAAAUGCUGCACUGGGGUAUUUUAAUUGAGAGAGCGGUUUCCAACUUGUUUUGUUGGUUUAUUUAAUUGUUUUUCUGAAGUUUGCUGGUUGGGGCUCCAGCGCCCGCCGGGUAUUUUGUUUUUCUUUCAGGGAUCACGUCUAUCACCUGUUUGUUACUUGAGUUCUAGAUGUCGUGCUGCUGAGUUGAUCAUGGUCUGCGUCGCAUUUCAGUCCGGGUUCAUUUACCUGCAGGUUUCUGUCCUGCUUCGCUUACUCAAUCUUCUCAUAAAUAGUUUGUACUUAAUAGCUGCUUUUCCUUUAUUUUGUCGCGCUUUUUUGGUUAUUUAAAAAUGAAAGCCCUAAAGAUUGCAAAACUUUUGCCUUGGUGAUCAGAUAAUGAAAAUAUCCCCCGGGUUCCACCUUCUUCAAUGUUCCCAAACACAUGAUGACUCUGAUUUUACUUCUUUCCGUAGCUUGUGUAUGGGAGAGAGAAACUUUACCUUGUUUAAACCUGGGGAACGAGUGACAGGGAAAGAUAAUACACAAGUAUAUGGUGUUUUCAAGCAGUCGCUGCCAUAAACCUUAUACAGAGACACCCCCGUAUGGAGACAUGUAAACGCUGCAGGCAAGCUGAGCAUCGCUGGAAAAUAAACCACCUGGAAGCAUUUCGUAGCUCAUACUCCGCAUUCUGAUUCUGCCACUGCCUUCAUUUACCCCGAGUGAGCAAGAGAGCGCGCGUGUAAAUACAUUAAUAGAUACCGACCUCUCUCUUCUAGGACUCUUUGUGUCGUAAGCUCCGCUUCGUCCCCCUAAACAGGAACCUUGGGGUGAAGUUUGUGCCCGUUGCGCUGCCAAUACAGGUAUUUGAUGGAAAGCACAGAUUGCAGAGGAGAAGGGGCCAUUCCCACAGAUAUUUCCAGUGCGGUGCUGGGAAGGUUGGUGUUUCAGGACAGCAGUGAAGGAGCCGCUUUGUGAUCCAUGGAUGGACGUAGAGUCUUUCCUGGACUAGUUGUUGAGACUUUUCCAGCUUGACUUAGGCAGGGAUUUCUUUUCUAUCGAUGCAGAGGAUAUCGGCCCAAGCCCCUAAUUUGAAAAUGGAAGGGGAGAAUUAAGGUGCUGCCGUCUUGCUGCGCACAAGGGGAAUAUUCGGGCGGUGUUUCACAGCAGUUUGGCUGAGUUGAGCUGGGCAAAGCGAGGGCACCUCUGCGCAGCACCGGCCUGGAUGUGGCAGCGUCUGGAAAGCUGUUUGUCCUGGGGGUCAGACAAGCUGGUGCUUUGCUGGAUCCUCCAUGCCUGUUGCCAACAUCUGCCAAAAUCCCUGGUAGGGUCAGAAGUAAAAUAAUAUCGUGAGUCGGUCGUCAGGAGAGGCUACAACAUUGAUAAAUAUGGCACAAGUGUCCUGCUCUUUAUAUUAAGAAAUUUUUCAUAUGGGUCUUUAGCAUCCUGCUCCUCUUGCUUUAUACCUUUUGUACCUCUUUAGUUGUAAUUAACAGGGCAAAACUCAAACUCGAAGCUUUUUCUGCCUGCUUUUCGAGUAGCGUUUGGGCCUUUUGGCAGAGUGCAGUGCUGGAUGUGGACACUGGAGGGCAAAGCAGCUGCAUUUAGCGGCUUCUUGGGGCUGGGAGAGAAGCAGCAGCAAUGAUGCCUGUGGGUGGCUUUCCCCGCAGCUUUAUUCUUGCUUCCUUCCCUGUUAAAGGAGGGAUUUCCAAGCCUGUUUUGAUCCUGAAGGGUAAAGCUCCGUGGAAAGGAUUUAACGUCCUGCACUGGAGUUUGGUGAAGUGACUGGGAGCUGCAUUUGAGACACGGGAGGAGGGAGGGGAGGAGAUGAGCCUUGUGAAGAUGAUUUGCGAGCGGUACAGCUGAAUUUGCUGAGAAAUGCAGGUGAGCACCGUGGCGUGUCCUCCAUUGGGUUGUCCCCAUUGGCUCAGCCUGGGAGCGGCUUUAGUUUGCUGGAGAUAUUUCAAGUUAGACUUAGAAAGUUAAGAGGAGAUGAAAAGCUGGCAUUACCAGCUCUGGCUGUCCCUAAAUAUGAUGCCAAGGGAUGUGUAGCAAAACACAUUGCGCCUCUUUUCGUUGCAUUAAGCCUUGCAGGACCUUGGUGAUGCUGCAGCUCUCACCAGAAUUUCGGUUGAUGUAGCUGGUGUUGCUGGAGGGGCCAGACACCCCGGGGAUGUUUCAGUGAGGGAUGCGGGGAUGCUCACAGGGAGUUUUUCCAGCUGCUGGAUAAGCCAGAUGCCCCAGGGACAUCUUGGUGAGGGAUGCAGGGAUGCUCACAGGGAGUUUUUCCAGCUGCUGGAUAAGCCAGAUGACUCCGGGACAUCUCGGUGGGGGACACAGGGAUGCUCACGUGGAGUUUUUCCAGCUGCAGGGCUCAAGCUCAGCAUUGCACAAGAGACUCUGUUCAUGGUGGGCUCCACAAGCAACAAAACUCCUGCUUGUGCCGAGCAAGAGUGUUAUUUACCUGAGCGUAUUUAACAAGCAAAGGGACGGCACGUGGCUAGAAAGCUGCUUUUGCAUGGUGUGAGAAACUCUGAAUGUUCACGAUGUUGAUUUGCUGGUGGGUGAUGAGCAAUACGGGCCGGGCGCUGAUUUGAUCGUGGUUGGAGCCAGCACGGUGGGGUCAGGGCUGUGUGGACGAGCACUCAGCAACGCUCCAAUGCGAAUUGGUUUCUCCAAGUCUGGUUGUAGCACAAAUUCGUUUGCAGAUGGGACGCGCAGCCUGCAAAACAUCAAAACCUAGUUUCUGCAUAGGGUACCAUAUCUUGUGCAUGUGUCAUGUAGAUAUUCUGCAGGGUGAUGGGCUCGAGUCUGCUGACAUUGAUCCCAAGGGGCAGCCGUUGCCUUGGGGUUUCUGGUACCUGUGCAGCUCCUGAAGCUGGAACAUCAGCUAACGCUUGGCACCAGGUUGGGAAUGUCUGAUAUUCCAAGUCAUGUCUCCUGUUUGCGAUGUGCUCAGCGAGUUCCCCGAGCACGGGGGAGCAUCUGUCCCUUCCCCACCUCCUCCGACCGGCUUUGGACAAGAUGAGGAGGGCACAGCUUUAUGGAAAACACCCAUCUGGUCCAUCCAGCCCCUCCUGGGACAGGCAUUUGUCACAAAAAGCACCGGGUCAAAGCUCCCAUGGUUCCUGCCUCUGUAACGACCCCGGAGAUGCGUUUGUACCACUGUAAUCUUGGCGUGCUCCUGUUCUCCAGCCCCCGUGUGUUUCUACCACCUGCUUCUUUCUCUGUGCAUUGUUCUUUUGAUUCAUGUUUUAGCUACACAUGUAGAGUUGCCUUUCUUUGACCGAAUGUCUGAAUGUGAUAUAUUGUAUAUUUUAAAGUAUUUACCCUAUUUAUAUACUAUAUGUUACUGUUAAAUAAAUAUAAAUUCCAUUA